UCAAACUCUCAACCACAAAUGCAGGGUUUUGUAGUUAAACAUUGUGCAGCUGUUAAAAACUUAAAACAAAAAGUCGAAGAUAAAUAUUUUUCUCAGAAAGACAAGUUAGUUUGUUGGUUUAAAAAAUAAACAGACAGCUUUAGAACCUAAAAAUUAUUACUGAUACAUGAUUCUGAAUGUUCAGCCUCCUCCUCUGCAACAUGACAUUAGCCCACAGUUGCCAUAUGAGACAUCUGUGGUUUUCCUGUGAACAAGCUCCACAUCUGCUUUUCUAUUGAAACAUGUCAUCUUUGUCCCAGUCACUGCCACCAUCUUCUGUGAUGUCAGACUAACAGUAUGUAUGUAGCUGUCUAAAAAAUGACAUUGUUCAUCCCUGAUAUGGCUGCUCGUCUGUUUUUGCUCAUCCUCCUUUUCGAUACCUUCCAGUACCUCAAAGGCAAAGAUCUUCCUCAACCCAGUCUAACAGUGAUUCCUGCAGUCAUCAAAGAGAAAGACUCAGUUCAGCUGAACUGUCAGACUCCUCCAUCUGUCUCUGAGUGUUACUUCAAAAUGGCUGGGCAAGUGGAAUUCACCCUUCCAUCACCCUGUCAACAGACACUCACAGGAAGACUACUGGUGAGGUGGACAGGUCAGAGUUCACCAGCUGAGGUCAAAAUCCAAUGUCAGUACAGUGCUAAAGGUUCACAGUUUAGAUCCAUAUACAACCUUCCUCAGCUGACAGUGAGUUCUACAGUCAUCAGAGAGACAGAAUCAGUUCAGCUGAGUUGUGAGACUCCUCCAUCUCUGCCUGUGUCUCACUGUUACUUCUACAUAGAGGGGAGGAAGAAUCUUCCAGACUCAUCCUGUACUCAGACAAUAACAGGAACAGAGCUGCUCAAGAGGGCAGAUCAAACGUUUCCAGAUGUGGUCAAAGUGACGUGUUACUAUGCUGUAAGGAGAUCUCACACAUCUCCUUUUAGUGACCCUGUCUCAGUCACUGUUCUGGAUCCAAAACCAGACAUUACAGUCCAUUUAGAUGAGGACUUCACCAUCAUCUGUUUGAUUCAUGAAUCCUUAAGUCCUGACACCACCUGUAGCCUGUAUGUUGGAGAGGAGAGUCAGCCAUCCUUCACAGCACCGAUCAUGAAGAGAAAAGCCACCUCAGCAUCCAAACAGUGGUUCUGUCAAUUCACUCCAAAACAUAGUGAUCUGAUCAGUGGUCUACAGUCAGUGAGGCGUAAGGAGGUGAGCUGUGACUACAGAUUGAGCUCAGGACCAAACUCUCUCUCCCACGCAGUGAUGGGCACAGCUUUGCACAUAAUUAAGCUGUUCUAUAGAUAUGACACCAGCCUCAACACCAACGCCUGGGAUCAUCAGCACAAUGGGUUUGACUCCAGGUCCUGGGUCUACUUUGCCGCCCAGCACGACAUUUUGACUGUUACUUCUACUUUGAUCCCAGACACCACAGUGAGACCAACUACCAGUUUGACCUCUCCUUUGACCCCCAGCACGGCAGUGAAUCCUACAUCCGGAGGUCAAAGCUCCACAGAAAGCGUUCUGGGUUUGACCUCUCCUUUGGCCCCCAGCACAGCAGUGAAUCCUACAUCAGGAGGUCAAAGCUCCACAGAAAGUGAUGUGGAAUCAAACAGUCAACAAAGCAUUCUGGUGGGGCAAUUAUGGCAGGCAGCAGUGAGUGUGGCUUCUGGAGUGGGCGUGUUCCUGGUAGUAUUGACAGCUGUCUGUCUCUGCAGGAGGACCAAGAAAACCAAUUCUCAGAGACCUACAGCCAGACAGGAUGAUCACAGACAAUAUGAUUUGGUGUCUAUGGGAGCGGUGAGCAGCGGAGUCAUGGUGGAUUCAGGAGAUGCUGGAAUCGAUUCUCAGAUCACUUCUGUACUGUCCAUGUUCAUGCCCUCAGGUCCCAUUGAUGUGGAUUCACAGGCAUUUGCAAAUAAACAUUCUGAUACGUACCAUGUAUACAGCUCAAUCCCCGACAGACCAGCAACCUCAGCCCAGCCGGAUGGGUUGUACAGUCUGCAGACACACUGAAACUACACCUCUGGCUUUCUGUAUCUAUGUCUCGCACAUCUCACACAAAUACAUUCUUUCUCACACAACAUCCUUUAUUAUCACUCAUCCAGUUACUGUAAAUAAGUUGAUUAACAGGUAAUAUUUCUACUGUAUUACACAUGGACAACUGGUUUCUGUUACAUGUCUAUCCAUAAUAUCUCUUACUGUGUUAAUAUUUAUAUUUUGGGGAUUUUGGAGGGGUCCGGGGCAUACUCCCCUUUGAGCAUUUUUCUUAUUUCUUCUCCCUAGUAAAUGCUAAAUCUACUGUA